UUUUCAUUCAAAAACUUUUGCACCUCUACAAGUUUGUCCUUGGUGUCUCCUUCCUUUGCGGCGUGUGCACGGCGGUUUUCUUGAGGUUUUUCACAUAAAAUACUUGUUUGGUUUGGGUGUAUUUUAGGAAAUUAAAGAAUUUUCACAAUGGCAAAGGAUCCUAUUCGUGUUUUGGUUACUGGAGCAGCUGGUCAAAUUGCCUAUUCGCUUUUAUAUUCAAUUUCCAAAGGAGAUGUCUUUGGUUUGGAUCAGCCUCUCUCUUUGCAUUUGCUCGAUAUUCCUCAGAUGAUGGGAGUUCUUGAAGGUGUAGUGAUGGAGCUGAAUGAUUGUGCUUUUCCUCUUCUCAGGGAAAUAAUUCCCACUGCUGAUGAAAAGGUAGCAUUUUCUGAUAUUGAUGCAGCUUUCUUGGUUGGUGCAAUGCCGCGCCGAGAAGGAAUGGAGCGCAAGGACUUAUUAGCUGCAAAUGUUAAAAUUUUCAAAAGUCAAGGAAAAGCUCUAGAUCAAUAUGCAAAGAAAGAUGUUAAGGUAUUAGUUGUUGGAAAUCCAGCAAACACAAAUGCUUUAAUUUGCAGUAAAUAUGCACCUUCCAUACCUAGGGAGAAUUUCACUGCAAUGACCAGACUCGAUCAAAAUAGAGCUACUUCUCAAAUUGCAAAUCUGCUCAAAGUUAAUGUUAGUAAUGUUGCAAACAUUAUUAUUUGGGGAAACCAUUCAUCCACUCAGUACCCUGAUGUUUCUCAUGCUGUUGUUAAUAUUAAUGGUUCAGUAAGCAGUGUUCCUGAUGCUGUUAAAGAUGAUGCUUAUUUACAAGGCGAUUUUAUUACAACAGUUCAAAAGAGAGGAGCUGCUGUGAUUGCUGCAAGGAAAUUGUCUAGUGCCAUGUCUGCAGCUAAAGCUGCUUGUGAUCAUAUGAGGGAUUGGUUUGCUGGCACCUCAGAGGGUAAAUUUGUUUCUAUGGGUGUGAUUUCUGAUGGAUCAUAUGGCACUCCUCCUGAUGUCAUUUACAGCUUCCCUGUCACCAUCGGACCAGAUCGCAAAUGGAAGAUUGUUCAAGGUUUACAAAUCAACGAUUUCUCUCAGACUAAGAUGAAGGUUACGGGUGAUGAGCUUCUUCAAGAGCGUGAAGAGGCCCUGUCUGUUUGCCAAGAUUGACUUCCUGCUUCCCCUACAGCCCGUCUCUAAUUCCUUACUUUAGUUCUCACUUCUAGUGCACAGCAUUAGAUUAACUAGAACAGUUCAUUUCCAAUCAGAGAGAUUUCAAUUUAAAUCACAUGAUAAAUUAUAUGAUAUUGCAAUAUUUCAAAAGUUUUCUAACUAUUAUUGAUAUUUCCAAAAUGCAGAUCAAUUUCAAGAUAUAUAUUUAAAUAUAUAUAAAUUCUAUUGCAUAAAUUGUUGCAAAGCAAUUUUAGUUUGCUAAAUUUAGCUGUUUAUAAAUUUAAAAAGGCUGUAGGUGGAUGAAGAUGUAUUUUACAACGAUUAUGAUUUUUUUUAUUAUUAUUUUAGCCAUUUAUCACUUUAUAUAACUUGUUAAGGAACUUUUAUAUUGUCUAUAUUGGUUACUGUUAUGGGCAUCUUUACAAAAAAAUCUGUUUAUAUUUUUCUAAGUUUCCUGCGGAAAUGGAUUCAGAGAUCAAUUUUACUGCUGUGCUUUGCAUGUAGACUCUAUUGUAGAUAAUUCACUUCCGAAUGACCAUUUCUAUGGAAAUUGUUGAAUACAUAAUGUAAACUUUUCUAGAAAAUAAAAUGUUUGACAUUAA